UUCAAAUUGUUCACUGCGUUUUGUCUAGUGCGAAAGGCUUUGUGAAAGACUGUAAGAGACCUAGAAAUGAGAAAUCUUGUGGAGAAACAACUGUCUUGGCUUGCCCUGCUUGUCACUGCAUUCUACUCUCUACUUGGCAGUUGCCGGAGUGCAGAUGCGAGCCAAGAGUGCGGCCAGGCAGGAUUGACGAAGUGUGUCAGACCCCUCGAAAGAAUGAACAGCAACGACUUGAGCUUCGCUCGUUCGAAAAUGUAUCUGCGCCAGAUGUGCCCGGAGUUGGAGAAUAGCAUGAAAUGCGUCCAAACGUUCACGUUGGACUGCCUGCAGGAAAAUCAAAGAGAACACUUCAGUAAUCUCUACGCAGAUACCAAUAAGAUGAUUAUGGAACUUUGUCACGACGGCCCGUUUCAGGACGAGUUCCUGAAACACGCGCAAUGCAUGCAAAAUGAUUCACCACGACACAAUCUUUGUAACAAAAAGUAUGAGAGAAUCACCCAGGAAAUUGAAAGAAGGAAUGCCACGAUUGUGGACGGAUCUUGGAAUCACUACAUCUGCUGUGGCUUCAGGGAGUAUUUGGAUUGCUCGCAACAUUCGGUUCGUCGACAAUGUGGCGAUGAAGCAGCUCAGUUUACAAAGCAGUUACAUGCCAGAAUGUCGAGUUCGAUGUUAAGGAUGUACUGCGAGUCAUAUACGGAUGAGACGUGCGCGAUCGGCAGUGGUGCCAGCAUCUCUAGAGUAGUGGCAAUGGUACCGGUGGCGUUGGUUCUGCUCGCGAGGUACUUUACGUAAGUGGUCCAGCGCCACUCGUAACCGGAAAAAGGAGACGAUUUCCGUGCACCACGAGCGCCGUGCUGGAACCAGAGGCCCUCCGUUCGUUCGUUCCCCAUCAUAUUCACCAGAAUAUUUGUUUCUUUAUUUUUGAUGAUAAACCAAGGAAAGAAAAAAGGGCACGCACACACACGAGCUAAGUGUAUCGAGAGGAACGGAGGAGGAGAAGAGGAGACGAAGGAAAGUCAAGGGAGCAAGCUACACCAAGCAAGGGACGAUCAAAGCAACGACACUGCGCGGGGAGAGACGAAAGUUUGUACCUUGCGCGCUGUAUUCGUGCGGAGAAUGUUUCUCUUUGACACGAAGCUUGAGUUGUGCGAGGAGAACAAAGAGGAGAACGUGCUCUCAGACACCGUGACGAGCUUAACCAGGUAAUCGGAAGACGCGUGUCUGUUGAGAUCUUCGUUGAUUUGCAGCCAGUCAUCAUCUGAAUUGCGGUCCGAUGUUUGGACCGACAAAAUAUUUCGUCAUUAAGGGAGGAUAAGUGGGAGAUGAGCGAAGGAAUUACGACCCUGAAACUGUGGGCGGCAGUUGAAACGUCUUAGACGUCUGAGACAUGCUGUACCUGUUUAUAUUGAGCUUUUAUUUACCAAAUACACCAAUCGAGUAUUCUUUUAUAGAAUACAAAUACUAAAGAAUAUAUUAUAGAAAGGAGAGAAGAGAACAUCGGAAUAGUAGUAUCUGGGAAACGUAGACUGAUAUAUAACAGAAAAUCGUCAUAAGGUGCCGUGAAUGACGAUCGAAAGGAAUCGAAGGUAAUAGGAAUUAAAUUCUGCAGACACCUCAAAUGAAUAACUUUCGAAUUCGUGUCUACGAAGUGUCUUACUGUUAGCUCUCUUGUGAACUAUAGUAAUGUCAGCAAGAGUGUGAAAGUCUUGGAUUAUUUUUCCAUUUGAAAAGGCAUGUUCCGGAAGGAAAUCUUUAUGUCUUGAUAGACAGGUACACAAAGGUUAAUCUGCAUAUGGCAAAUAGC